CUUACAUAAACCAAAACGCAAGUCAAAAUUAAUCUCAGCUACGUGAGCAGUCGACGCGCUGAAGACCACGUAGGACCAAAUUUUGAACUAUUUAUGUAGGGUGCAAGCCCUUAGAAAGGCACAGCUCGCAUCUCGAAUAUGUCCAACCAAAAAGUAUUGCUCGUUGCCCUGCUUUGCCUGAUGGUGACAGUGGCCUGGAGUCUGCCCAGUCAGUCUGUAAAUGUGACGGAAACAGCGACGUCGAAAAGGCAGCUUAUCAAGGAUUUUGUGGCCAAGGUUCAGGAACUUAUAAACUUAUUAGUUAAACAGUUGCAGGAACUUUCAGCCAAAAAAUAGGAUUUAUAUCAAAGAGCAUACAAUAAAAUAGAAAAAGAGUGUGUUGCCAAUUAAUAAACAUGUUUUCACGUUAAAUAAAUAAUAUUUACGCGAUUUAAGAUUCUUUGUGAAUAAAAUUUUCCGAUAACAAUAAAUAUAAAUAAUAUUGGUACUUAUUCAUCUCUCA